AUGUCAGUAUAUAAAGCAAUUGCAAGCCUUGAAUUGUCACAAGAGGAAAGAAAAGCCUUACGCGUCUUAUUCACUAAUAAUCCAUCUAAAAAAACUGAAGCGGAGGAGAUCAUUCCUACUUGUACCAAUAAAGAGCAAGUUGAUUAUUUAAGAGAAUUAUUGACUUCUGGUAUGUAUCCCUUUAACAUAAAAUUCUGCGUCAUGAACAUCAAGGCAAAUUUGCGAAAGAAAGUCAUUGAAUUCUGGAAAAAUCUUGAUAGAGCGGAAAUCAUUUUCCAACUAAAUGAACCAUUUGACUCUGAACUUCUCGAAUACUUUGAAAUUAAAGGAGAACAAGAUUUAGAUUUCAACCUUCGACCUGGAAUAUCUUCUAAACAUAAUAAAUAUGCUUACGAAAGAUUAGGAUCAUUCCUCCUAAUUCGAGACUGCUAUAAAGAACUCAUUAAGGCGUUUAAUCGUGAUAUAUCUAAAUUUGGAUGCAUUAUUACAGGCACACCCGGUAUAGGAAAAUCGUAUUUUGGGCUGUACCUUCUGUAUUAUAUUCAUUUACAUUAUCCAAAAGCUACGAUUGUCUGGCAACUAGCUGAUUCAGAUAUCCACCAAUGCUAUCAGUUUAUGCCAAACGCUCAGAAACCUGAAAAAAGUGGUGCUUAUGUUAUUCUGUUGACGUCUCCAAAAGCAGAGUUAUAUCAAUCAAUGUGGAAAUCAGAAGGAAAUGAAAGACGAAAAUGUGAUAGAUUUACAUGUGAAAAACUUGAGAUGCUAAUGGGAAGAUGGGGUCUAAUACCUCGAAUUCUUAAGAAGUGGAAAGAUGAAUUAUAUGGUGAAACGGAGUUUGAUAAACUGAUUAAUGAAGUUGAUCUUGUGAAAUGUUUGAGGUCUGUCAAUGAGGAGGGAAUGUCAAAAGACUCUGCCAGUGGCAGACUUAUUCAUAUUAUUGUGGAACCAGAUUUUAGAAAAUAUAAAUUCUGUUUUGCCUCAUCAUUGGUGUCAGAUAGUUUGAUCGAUGCGUAUGAGCGCUACCAAAAUUCUAACAUUCGUGAUUUUCUUCAAAGCAGUUUUAGCCUUGAUCAAGAAUAUUUUGAGACAACCGAUCCUUUUGUUUAUAACGGCAACGAGAACUCUUUGGAUUUAUUUCAAGCCACUGUAUCAACGGCUCAUGGUGUAAAGGUGAAAGGGUUGGAGAAAAUCAAAGCUUAUGUGCGGAGUGGGGACAUCAAAUUAUAUUUUGUUGUACCAUCUGACAAAUUCGAUGUUUAUCCUUGGCAAAGCUAUAGGGGUCCCAAUAACCUUGUCAGUUCUAGUCAUUUACCAUGGAUCAAUGAUCUAAAACAAUAUGUAUUAGAUAUCAAUGUGCGUAAAUUCUACAGUGAUAGUGAGUAA